AUGUCUGGAUCGAUAUGGGAUAUAGGGGAAUUAGUUAAGGAAGAAGAUAUUCCAUACGAACAAGAAUUAGCGAAAAAUCCUAAUGAUUUAUCAAAUUGGUUGAGAUAUUACAGAUUUAAAUCAUCGGCAUCAUCAUGUACAUUUCGAAGCAGAGUAUUCAUUUUAGAGAGAGCAGUUAAACAACUUCCAAGAUCAUACAAGUUAUGGAUGUUGUAUAUCGACAUAGUUUUGCAAGAAAUGCAGAACUCGAAUAGCUAUAAGAGUAAAUCUGAGAUAGUUCAAGUGAAUGUGAUAUUCGAAAGAUCGCUACAAUUACUCAACAGAGCACCAAUGUUAUGGAUUAAAUAUCUUGAUUUUCUAGUUGAGAAACAACCUUAUGAAAUAACAUUGCUAAGAAGAAAGUUCAACGAAUGUUUAUAUAACUUGCCAAUAAGUCAACAUCAUUUAAUAUGGCCAUUGUAUAUUCGAUUUGCAGAUGAUGUUGGAGGGAUGACAGGAGUCAAGGUUUACUUGAAGUAUUUGCAAUAUGCUACUCCCGAGUCACUUCAAGGAUUAAAUAAUGAGCAAGAGGGUGAACUAGGAAUAACUGUAGAUGACAUAAUUUCGAAGUUGAUAGAGUUUGGUGAUGUUAAAGAGGCAUCCAACUUAUUCCAGCAUAUUUUACAGCAUACUGAUAAGUUUAUUGGAUUAUCUAAGUCACCAUUACAGUUGUGGGUUGAAUAUAUCGACUUGCUAGUAAACUCCGUUUCAAAAAAUAAACGAGGUACUGUCAAUUAUAAUGAACUUGACUACUUCUUUGAAAAAUUAAUCAAGGAUGGAUUACAAAAAUUUCCAGACCAAAUAGGUAAGUUUUACUUAAAAUUGACAUUUUAUUUUAUCAAGCGUAAGAAUCUUUUUAAGGCUAGAUAUUAUUUUGAUGAAGGGUUGAAAACAUGUGUUUCAGUUAAAGAUUUUACUAUGAUAUUCGAUUCAUACACUGAAUUCGAAGAAAACAUUUUAUCCAAUAUGAGUGAAAAACUAGAAAGACUAGGUGAAGAUAGUGAUUUAAAUAAUGAGUUGGAUAUGAGAAUGAUUGCUUUUGAAAAAUUAAUAAAUGAUAGACCACAUUUAUUGAAUGACAUGAUGUUAAGACAAGAUGUGAAUAAUUUGGAUGAAUGGUUUAAAAAAAUAGAACUUUUCAAGGAGGAAAAAAAUAUCAACAUGAUGCUUGAUACUUACGCAGCUGCAUUGAGAACCAUUAAUCCUUUGAAAGCUCAUUCUUUCUCCAAUAAUAAAGAAAACACCUUGCCUAACCUAUGGGUUAAUUACGCAAAUGUUUACGCUUCACAGAAUGAUGUAAAGACAGCAAACCUUAUUUUCUCAAAAUCUGUAAAAUCCCAAUUUCAAUCACCAGAUGAUCUUGCAACUUUAUAUAUUGAAUGGAGUGAACUCUUCGUGAAACAUAACGACGAUAAGAAAGCUAUUGAAAUUAUUGAGAAUAUAUGUACUUCAGAACUUGUCAAGUUUGAUUACAGUGAUCCUUCUAUUGAUAUUCAUAUAAGAGUUCGUAAGUCCAUUAAAAUAUGGUCAUUUUAUUUGGAUUUAUUAGAGUCAAUGAUAGAGAACAAUAAUCAGACUGAUGAGAUUGAAAAGGUUAUCAAUGCAUAUAAUAAAACAAUUGAACUCAAAAUUGCUACUCCCUUAACUAUAAUUAAUUUUGCAAAUUUUUUGGAAGAUUGGAAUUUUUACGAACGGUCAUUCUCUGUUUAUGAAAUUGGAUUGAAGAUAUUUAAAGAUACCAAGAUUAAAUUCGAAAUUUGGAAUAUAUACCUUUCGAAGAUAAUAAAACACGAUGUAAAUAUUGAGAGAAUUAGAGAUUUAUUCGAACAAUGCUUAAACGAAUCCUCUAUAGAGGGUUAUAAGGGAUGCCCUGCCAACUUAAGCAAAUCUGUAUAUUUGUUAUACUCUCAAUAUGAGCAAAGUAAAGGGUGGAUUACCAAAUCAAUUAAAAUAUUACAACAAGGAUUGAGUAAAUUGGAAGAUGGUUAUAAACAGGACUCCUAUACAAAGACAGAAAAGGAUACCAUACUUCAAGACAAGUUUGACAUUUAUCAAAUUUUGAUAUCUAAAGUUCUCAAGCUUAAUGACUCUAAUGAGACUAGAAAGAUUUAUGAGCAAUCACUCAAAGACACCCAAUUACCAUUGCCUAGUUUGAUUCAAUUAGCAAGGGAAUUUAUCAACUUUGAAACUGAGCUAAUGGAAUUUAAUCGGGUCAGAUCUUUAUUUAAAUUUGUGUGUCAAUUAUCUAACCCUCAAAGUCCUUUGUUAGAACCAGUAUGGAAUACCUGGGAAACAUUUGAAUUAAGCCACGGUACUGAAUCUACCUUCAAAGAUAUGCUUAGAUAUAAGAGAAAAAUUGUCACAGAAUUUGAAAAUGAUGUUAUCUUGAGGAAUUCUUUGAACCCAAUGGGAUUUGUAAAGUCCUCUGAGGGACCCAAAGUAUCCUCCAUUAACAUGUCUGAGUCUAAGGAAGAAAUUAAUCCCGAUUCUAUAGAAUUAGAUAUGGAUAUGUAA